AUGCAUCUCAAUGGCUUAAAAGAUCUCUUAAUAUCACGAGCAAGCGGGAACAGGCCUCGAAGCCUUAUCAUUUACCGGUCUGGGGAGACAACUAGUGGCUACAGCGUGCAAUACGACAAGCUGCUGUCGCUAGCUCUAUCCAACAGCCGACACUUUACAUGUGUCGAGGGAUUUAAGCAAGGCUCUGUUGUCCUACUCCACUUUGAUAACCACCUCGAUAAUAUCAUAUGGUUUUGGUCAGUCCUUUAUGCCGGAGGUGUUCCUGCAAUGUCAACCCCAUUCAGCAACGACACGAAACAACGCGAGAGACAUAUAUGCCAUCUUCACACUCUACUGCGAGACCCAAUCUGUCUGACUCGGCUCAACCUUUUAGGCGACUUCACUGAUCAGGAAGUCUUGAAUAUCCAUACCGUCGAAACUUUGCUCUCCACGGAGGCUUCGGACAUAUGCGCACUCACAGUUCUGAAAUGUUCCUCUGAGACAAAUCUGGCUUUGUUGAUGCUCACGUCCGGCAGUACUGGAGAUGCAAAAGCCGUUGCUCUAAGUCAUGAACAGAUUCUUACUGCUAUUACGAGUAAAUCCUCCGUCAAAGAUCUCGACCCUGGGAAGCCGUUUCUGAAUUGGAUAGGACUGGACCAUGUGGCCAGUAUGGUGGAGAUACACCUGCAAGCUUUGUACCUCAACGUGGACCAAAUUCACAUUCCCAGUUCAGAAGUACUCUCGGAUCCACUGUUUUUCCUCGAACUCAUUGGCAAGCACAGUGUGGCGAGAUCUUUUGCUCCCAAUUUCUUUCUUGCAAAGAUACGGGAGGCAACGGAGUCUGAGCCUGAAAAUGCUUAUCUACGGCUAAAAGAGUUAGACUUGAGUUGUUUGAGAUUCCUGGCGACUGGUGGAGAGACUAACGUAGUCGACACGUGUGAUGCCAUGUCAAAGCUACUUUGCAAAUACGGCGCACCCAAGAACGCGAUCACACCAGGGUUCGGAAUGACCGAGACUUGCGCUGGUGCAAUCUUCAACUCUCAAUGUCCGGAUUACGACCUGGAGAAUGGGUACGAGUUUGCCUCUCUUGGCACAUGUAUGGCGGGUGUCGAGAUUCGUAUAACCGUACCGGUCGAAGAUGACGAGACAAGAGUAGCUGUGCCGAACGAGGCUGGCAACCUUGAACUGACAGGACCUGUAGUGUUCGGAGAAUACUAUAACAAUCCUUCCGCCACAGCCGAAGCAUUCACUCGAGAUGGCUGGUUCAAGACUGGAGAUCGGGCCUUGAUUGAUACGGCUGGUCAGCUUAACCUCGUAGGACGUUGGAAGGAUACCAUCAUCGUUAAUGGGGUCAAGUAUCUUCCUCAUCAAAUAGAGACCGCAGUUGAAGGGCUUUCAUUACCUGAGAUCGUGCCAGGCUACAUUAUAUGCUUUCCUUAUCGCUCAAGUGGAAUGGAAACAGAGAAUAUCUGCCUUGUUUACUCUCCUAACUAUCCGAGCAACGACGUUCAUUCACGAAUCAAUGCCCAGAAAGCCAUUGUGCAGGUAGUCAUGUUGCAGACUGGUGCUUGCCCAUAUAUCUUACCACUUGAUAGUCUCUUACUACAGAAGUCUACCCUAGGCAAGUUUUCGCGUCCGAAGAUACGAAAAGCAAUGGAAAACGGUGACUACAAUAAGCACAAGGAAGAGAAUGACGCUCUGAUCCAAACGUACCGAGCCUCCCAUUACGUGCCGCCAGCCAACGAGAUGGAGCGGUUGCUUUUGAAUGAGUUUGCCAACACCGUGGAGCUUUUUGAAGAAGGUUUAGGGGUGGAGAAAACGAUUCUUGAGAUGGGCGUCACGUCAAUGCAUCUAAUUCGACUGAAACAGCAGAUCGAAAAGCGCUUGUUGAUCGACGAAAUCCCAAUAGUCAAGAUCAUGGCUUACCCUACUGUGCGGUCUUUGGCAAGAGCCAUAUAUGACACCCACGGUCCAAGGAAAUACGACCCUGUGGUGAAACUGCAACCAAAUGGGAGCAGAACGCCAUUGUGGCUAGUCCAUCCCGGCGUUGGGGAGAUUCUCGUCUUUCUCGGCCUCGCCAAGUCUAUAUCAGACCGACCAAUAUUCGCACUGCGGGCCAGAGGCUUCGAUGGAGAGCCAUACUUUGAGAGCAUCAACCAGGCCGUGGCGGUCUACCAUGCCGCGAUCAAAACUCAACAGCCGAAAGGUCCCUAUGCGCUAGCAGGCUAUUCCUACGGUACAAUGCUGGCUUUCGAAAUCACGAAAGUUUUGGAGGCCAGUGGUGACGAAGUGCGCUUCCUUGGGUCUUUCAACCUACCUCCACACAUUAAGUCGCGAAUGGAGCAGCUCAAUUGGACACAGUGCCUCUUGCAUCUGUCCUACUUCCUAGGCUUAAUUACAGAACAGCAUGCAGACAACGCAGGCGAUAAGUUGGAUGGACGAUCGGAACAAAACGCCCUGGCGUAUAUAAAGUCUAGUGCAGAUCCAGCGCGCUGGGCCGAGCUUUCCUUGUCCCCGGAGAGCCUGUCUAAUUGGGCGAGUUUAGCCUUCGGCCUGCAAAGCAUGGCCAGGCUGUACGAGCCGUCGGGUCUUGUGAAGACGAUGGAUGUCUUCUACGCCACGCCGUUGAAAGUGCUCGCGCUUUCCCGGAAAGAAUGGCUCGAUGGCCAUUUGAGGAAAUGGACCGGAUUUGUGGAUACGGAACCUCGCUUUCAUGAGGUCGAAGGGGCGCACUACACCAUGAUUGGGCCGGAUCAUGUCUUUGGCUUUCAGAAAAAGCUCAAGAGGGCGUUGAAGAGUAGGGGGGUCUGA